AUGCUGCCAGAAAGUAUACAGAAAAAGCUCGCAGAGGGAAACGCUCGUGCUGCGUCACGUGGGUUCACCCUUGACUACCAGAACGAGCGAGAACAAGAAGAAAAUACCAUUUGCCAUAAGGAGCUCGCACCCGCUACGCUCCAAAAUUACGAGAAUACUGCAUUGAACUGGAUAUUAUGGAGGCUAUCCCGCAACGAAGCAGCCAACGCUAAUUUCGGGAAAGAGGAGCCUGAUCCCACCCCGCAACUCCUCAAGUCCUUUGCGGAAUACUUUAUUGCUACAAGGAAAGAUUUACCUUCACAGAAGACGGCCUGUCAGAAUUUUAUCAAUUUCACUUCAAGAUGGGAGCGGGAAACUUCUCGUUCUCUACCAAACCAAGACGGCGCCAUCAAGACGACAAAUAUCUAUAAAGAGUACUUAAUUCUGGGACUUAAUUUUGUUUUCUGGGUCAUUGUAUAUGGGGUCGCCGAUGGUGCCUUUAAGGGGCUUAACACUGUCGCGGACGUUCUUGUAGUAAGACCCCUAGAAGGAAGGGAAUCAUAUAUGAUUAAGUGGGUUGAGUGCAAAAAAGACCUUCCAUUCUUUAGAAUGGUGACUCCAGAGGGGCCUUCUCCCAAUAGAUCUAUUCUUAAAUCUUUAGACAUCCAAGCUCUUAUUCAUGAUCUGGAGCCUGAUUACAAAUAUCGUAACAUAGAGCAAAGUAUGGCUCACUAUCAGGACCUUAAUACCCCACAGAAACUGGACACGGCCGCCAUCGCUUGGAAUUCCGCUUAUAACAUAUAUGUCGCUGGCAAUGAAUUCACCGAACGGGAUAGAACAUUGUUGUUCGGGAUCUUCGAGAAAUAUCUUCCAGAGCGUAUAUAA